GCAGUGUAUAAAAAUAUCUACAGCAGGUUACGCCUUGUUAUGUCUGAAAAAUGAGUGAUGUACUUAAUUAACAAUUUAAAACAAAAUGGCUUGUAGUUGCAGUCCGUUAUUUUAUGUGUUCUGGCGCAAGAACUGGCUGUAUUUGUCAUAUAAUAAAAUAUCAUUGUUUAUCGUUCUAUUGGGAUGGAUUCUUGUAAUUUUCGCAUAUUUGCACUGGACAAACAGUCCAGUUCAAUUACGAAUGGAAAACUACGAAACAAAAAAACUUUCAUGACCUGAUGGACUACUUUCCCCAAGGAAAUUAUGACUGGAUAUAUUAUGCGCCCAACAAUGAUAAUGAGAGAUUGAUAAUUGAGGAAUUGGGAGCACGGUUCUCAAUACAGGCAGCAAGUUUUAAAGGAUACAACAGCAGCUCAGAGAUGCAAGCGGACAUGGAGGAGGAUUGUAGAGCUAGAUGCUUCUCUAUUGAUUUCAAAGAAGUUCCCGACACAGCGACAGAAGGACCCUUUAAAUACAGCUUGAGUUCGAAUCAAAUGCGAACUUCGCCAAAGAAACGAUUCGUUAAUGACGAUGAAAUCAAUCACCAGAAAGAUAGUGAUGAAUAUAUACGAUCUGGUUUCCUUACGCUGCAGUUAGCAAUUGAUCAACUGUAUGUGGAGAAUCGUGGAAUGACUACAAAUUAUGAUGUGCGGCUGGGAGCAAUGGCUAAUCUGGAGGUUAGCAAUUCGGAUAGCUAUCGUCUCAACAACUGCGGCACACUGAUGAGCAUAUUGUUUAGUGUCUUAUUGCUCAGCACAUUUGUUGUGCCCUUUGUCGAGGAAAAACAGAAUGGUCUCAAAGAAUUUCUCAAUCUUGUCACUCCCAUGAGCUUUUUGAAUGGCCUGACCUUUUUCCUUAUGCGCUUUUUCUACUACUGUAUAUUCCUUGCGGCAACUAUGAUAUUGUCGUGGAAAUACGCGGCCUUGGGCCUGGUCAGUUUUCCUUAUAUAUUUAUUCUGUAUUUGUUGUAUAUUAUUGCCAACAUGUCGUAUGCAUAUCUAAUAUCCGUUUGCUUUCACUCUGUGUUUUACGCCAAAAUUGGUGGAUUAAUGUUGCUCAUCAUUCCGUAUGUGUUUAGCUUUGUCCGUAGCUGGUUAACUAAGCUGGCAUUCUAUUUGUUCUGUACCAACUCAUUCCUGGAAGGUCUUGAUAUCUUUCAGACCUUCAGUAACAAACAUCGCCACUUCACCGGCGCUGAUCUAUUUCAUGUUAUCAAAGACGAUUCGAGUCGUCUUUUUUCUGUGUAUAUUGUUCUGAUAUUCCAGACAAUUCUUUAUGCAGUGCUUUACAACUACCUUGUUUGUGUUUUUCCUGGUCCUGGCGGCCUUAAACGCCCAUUGUUCUUUUUCUUAAAUCCCGAUACUUACAAGAAAAGGCAGCGAAAUGAAUAUACGACAUCACCACGUGGCACUCAAGCUAUCAUCAUCAGUGAUCUCUGCAAAAGAUUCCAGACAAGCAAACGCGAAACUCAAAUUGCAGACCAUUUAAAUAUGACAAUCAAUAACAAAGAGAUCACCGUAUUGUUGGGGCAUAAUGGUGCCGGUAAGACGACCAUGAUGAACAUGAUAAUGGGACUUGUGCCAAAAGAUUCGGGUAAAAUUGUUGUUUGCAGCGAACGAGAUGUGUCUUCGUAUCGUCAUCUAAUUGGCUUUUGUCCGCAACACAGUGUCUUUAUGAGCUAUAUGACAUGCCAGCAACAUCUCGAGUUUUUUGCCCAGCUCCGCGGUGCCAAGCGUUCCGAGGCCCGAGAGUGGGCCAAAAUUAAGUUAGAAAAACUUAAACUGACCGAGAAGGCAGACCAGUAUGGUGAACAUCUGUCGGGCGGCAUGAAAAGGCGUCUAUCGCUUGGUAUUGCGAUCGCAGGCCAUACAAAAAUUGUAAUUCUAGACGAACCAUCUUCUGGUCUAGACAUUGAAUCACGUCGCGAACUGUGGGAUAUAUUGCUCACAUUGCGCAAAGAGAAGGCUAUAUUGGUGACUACACAUUACAUGGAAGAGGCAGAAGUACUGGGCGAUACCAUCUGUAUUCUAGCCAAUGGAAAACUACAGGCAAACGGUACGCCAUUGCAAUUGAAACGCAGACUAGGCAGCGGAUAUCGCUUGAAGCUAGAAGCCCACGAAACGAAAUUCCAGGAAAAUGAAACAUUGGAAAUAAUCAGACGUUUCAUACCCAAUGCUUGUGUGCAGAGCGUUGUAAAGCCUACGGUUAACAUAUGUCUGCCAUAUGAUUAUCAAUCGAAAUUCCAUGAAAUGUUACACUGUUUGGAAUCGAAUAGAGUUAUGUUGGGCAUCGAAACAAUCUCGAUUACGGAUACCACAUUGGAAACUGUAUUUCUGAAUUGUGCUGGCGAAACAGAUCAAGUGGAUACCCCAGAUAUUGGAAUACGUAAUGAUGGACCACUGCUAACCGUGCCAUAUAAACGCCUGGUACACAAUCAACCCAAUUGGAGACAGUUGUGGUCCGCGGUUUUCUACAAAAAAUUUACCUUUUUAUUCAACGAAUGGCGAUAUGCUAGUUGUAUGUUAAGCCUACCAUUGCUGCUCGUCUGUGGAGUCAUUCUACAAAUGCACGCGAUGUCCAUAGUCACUAAUGAUGACGUAUUGCCUUUAAAUCUGAAACAGAUGCGCGCGGGCAGUGUUUACAUCUACAAUCCGACGGGUCAUCACGACGCAAUGGAGCAGCGCCUACGCCAGUUUAUAGAACAGAAUGGUCUCAAUGCGAAAACUUUAACGCUGCGUAGCAAUCUGGAUGGUGCAUCAUCGUCAGAAGCCAUUAAUGAUGAACUCUUGCAGUUGCAACAAGAGAAUUUACCUGCAUUUCUGGAAGAUACAAUUGGGUUAGUUGCCAUAGAAGAUACCGGGGACAGAGCCAGCUUAACGAUAUUGUACGCUACAAAUCGAUACCACAGCACCGUCAUGCUUAUCAAUAUGGUGAACACGUGCAUACUGCAGGUGUCUAGUUCCCGAAAAGACAUAUAUAUACAGACGGUGUACGUGCCCAUUAGGCGCUUUAUUGCCGACGUCAGUUCGGGGCGACUGGAGUACUACGCUGUCGUUGUAUCAGCUGCAAUGUUCUUCAGCAUGUUUUACUACAUUUCCUUGCCCUUCCGAGAGAAUGCUAAUGGCUUCCGGCAGUUGCAAGCUAUGUCGCGUUAUAAUUUUUGGUUCUCCACAUUUGCCUUUGACGUUAUCAUGCAUGGCACACUCUGUGUGGCAUUGUUUCUAAUACAGCAGUUGAUAAUGCCCGCAGAGCUCUACAAGACCGAAGAUCUUCAGAGUAUAGUACUUAGCAUAUUCUUCUACGGCUGCAGCUAUCUACCCAUUUUAUAUGCUUUAGGCAAUAGCUUCAAAUCCAUAUCAACCAUAUCAACAUAUCUACUGCUUAUGCUUAUCAUCUCUCAAAUUGCACCGCUGAUCACAUCCGGAAAUUUACAAGCAAUGAAACAGCACGCCACAGAAAUUGGUUUCUUACGUUUCCUUCCCGACUUCAAUUUGAAUCAUCAAUUGCGAAUCAUAAAUGAGAAUUUUAUAUCACGGAGAAGCCAUUCCUCGAAGGCAGUUAUGGAACCCACCGGCAUAUUUUUUGUAUAUGCGCUUUUUGUAUGCACCGCCGUCAUGUCUUUCUUUGUGAUUAUUCUAGAGAAUAUGUAUCAUUGCCAGCGGAUAUGGGAUUUCUUACAGUGUCAAUCAUGUACAAAACCGCCGAAAAGUGGCACUGUGACUAGCAUUGAUCCCCAAUUGGCAAUGGAUUGCCUUGAUGACUGCGUGCGAGAGGAGAAGCGCGCCAAGCAGCUGUUAAAUGAAGGACAAAGGACGGUGCAAGAAUAUCCACUGAUUGUCAACGAUCUGCGUAAGAGUUAUGCUGGAAAACCGGCUGUCAAUGGUCUUGGAUUUGUUGUUGAGCGAGGGGAAUGCUUUGGUCUGCUCGGUGUGAAUGGUGCGGGCAAAACAAGCACGUUUCAAAUGAUUACCGCAAAUUCGGUAAUCGACAAGGGUCAGAUACAGAUAGAUGGCAUUGAUAUAAAACAGAAUGAGGUGACUUAUCGUCAACAAUUUGGCUACUGUCCGCAGUACGACGCACUGAACAAAUUCAUGACUGCGCAGCAGUGUCUGCAUUAUAUGGCAUUGUUGCGUGGUCUGAGUACAAAUAAGAAUGAUAUGUCUGGAGUGGAUUCUAAUGUGCAAUUCUGGUUGCAAAAAAUGAACCUGCAGAAAUAUCAGCAUGUCCAGGUGCGCAAUUAUUCGGGAGGCACGAAGCGUAAACUUCUGGCAGCUAUGGCCAUGAUCGGUGCUCCAUCAUUAGUUCUCUUGGAUGAGCCAACAACGGGGGUCGAUCCCAUAUCACGACGCUUUUUGUGGCAAUGUAUCAAAGAUUUCCAGGACAAGGAUAGAACUGUGGUGCUCACAUCGCACAGUAUGGAUGAAUGCGAGGAGCUCUGCAAUCGUUUGGCUAUUAUGGCUGAUGGCAAAUUCAAAUGUGUCAACAAUAUUUGCGCCCUAAAAAGGUUAAGUGGAUUUACCAUUAAACUGAAAAUGAAAAUUGAUACUGAAACGGAGACCAACACUUUAAAGAUAACCAACACUUUAAAGAACCAUUUCGAGAACUUGGAUUUACGUGAAAGUCAUGCGGGAACAUUAACAUAUUUUGUGAAAACCAAUGAGCAAAUAAUAUGGUCGAAUGUAUUUAAAAUAAUGAAAGACUAUCAAGCUGAUGAAUUAAGUGAACUUGUUGAGUAUUACUCUGUGAAUGAGUGCACACUGGAAGACAUAUUUUUGAAAUUCGAAAAACAAAAAUCAUCCCAGCGGGCAGAGUCGAUAGUGGAGUACGUUUGAUUCUGCCCGCAAGUAUUCUAAUUCUAAUUAACAUUAUUUGUAAGGAUUUGUGAGUCCUUUUGCAUAUACAUAUACAUUUUUGCAUUAAAUCAUAUAUUUCAUACAAUAUAUUUAACAUAUACGAGAAA